CUCUCUCUCUCCUUCGUUACGCUUCUGGUCUUCAGUCUUCGCUCUCUCUCGGCCCCGAAGAGGAUCGAACGCGUCUCCUUCCGCCCUACGACCGGCGCGAGCAGCGCAAAACCCUAGGCCGGAAACCCCCCGAUCUCCGGCGAGCCUUCGCCCCGCCGUUCGCCGGGACCGGGACCGGCGCCUUGAUUCGCUCGCGGCCGGAUGCUCUCGAGCCGGGAUCGGAGCUCGUGAGCGGGAGAGGAAUUGACUCGACUCCGAGAAGAAGCGGCGGCGGCGGUGGCGGCGGUGGGGAAGAAGGGGGAGGAGACAUGUACAAGAACCAGCUGCAGGAGCUGGCGCAGCGGAGCUGCUUCAACCUGCCCUCCUACGCGUGCAUCCGGGAGGGCCCCGACCACGCGCCCCGGUUCAAGGCCGUCGUGAACUUCAACGGCGAGAGCUUCGAGAGCCCCAGCUACUGCUCCACCCUCCGCCAGGCCGAGCACUCCGCCGCCGAGGUCGCCCUCCACUCCCUCGCCACGCGCGGUCCUUCCCACUCCCUCGCCUCCCGAAUCCUCGAUGAGACGGGGGUUUAUAAAAACCUCUUACAGGAGAUUGCACAGAGAGUUGGAGCUCCAUUGCCACAUUACUCAACAUUUCGAUCAGGCCUGGGCCACCUGCCUGUGUUUACAGGCACGGUAGAGUUAGCUGGAAUAAUUUUCACUGGAGUACCUGCCAAGACGAAGAAACAAGCAGAAAAGAAUGCAGCAAUGGCAGCUUGGUCGUCUCUGAAGCAAUUGUCAAAAGAAACUGCUAGUACAUCAUCUGAGCCAGAGAACAAUGAUGAGCUGGAGCAGAUAACAAUUGCACGAGCUUUACAAAACUAUCGUUUGAAGGAGAAGGUAGCAUUGGCUAACUCCCCCAGCGGCACGAUACCGUUCGCAAAGAAGUUUCAGAUUCAAAAUCUAAGAUCAACUAGCCCACAACUUCCACCCGUCACCACAUCAAAGAUCCUUCCUCUAUUCCAAAAAACAACUUCUCGAGUCAGACCUUCGCCAACGUCCACAAAUGAUAAGCCAUUGCCAGUUCCAAGGUCUCCAUCUGCAGAAUCUCGUGGAGCCCACCCACAGAAGUUCCCAGCUGCUGGAGCUGCUCCUUAUGUCCCCAUUCUGCAGUUUAGAGCACCAUGCCGUGGUAUUGCACCUCCAGUGACAAUAAGAACCGUAUCACCAGUAUAUGCUGCUCCUCUCCAUCCACAGCCUUCAGUGAGGUUGCAGCCUCCAUUAAUGCAGGCAUCACCUGUGGGAGUCGCCCCACCUGUCUGUACCAGACAAGCUGUGCCUGUGUUCGCUGCACCACCGGCCCGGAAGGAUAUUCCUCCUACAGUUUACAAAGAACCUCCUCUUCUCAAUUCUCCUGUUUCAAGCGAUGUGUCUCUCCCCGUUAUGGACGAGAGGAAGAGUGCAACUGCCAAGCAGCAGCAAGAAUCUGAGGUAGUACAGAAAUUGAAAGAACUUAAGAUCUGAGUGGUGUUCUGGGAAAAUUAGGAAUUUGUGAACAGUGUUAUGGCUCCUAUUGUCUUAGGUUUGUAUUUUUGUCUUCUCACCUUGUUACAUUAGUGCCCCUCUCUUCUGAUAUACUCUCUCUCUCUCCCCCAAUUUUGCUUUCUUCUGAUGAUGUAGUUGUCCAGUUCUCUUUCUGAGCUGCAUAUGCAAUAGGUUAAAUUAGCUUCUGUUUUGAAGAUGCGGCACCUUUUGCAGAUUCAGCAGCUGGGCCAUCCCCUUUUUCUCCUGUCAGUAAGUGAUGAACAUUUUGGGUUUGCGAGUAGUGAUUUGAAUUA